AUGUCUAAGAAAUGUCUCCCCUCGGGGAAAACGCGCGAGGAUCGUACAAGCGAGACGAAGAACAAAUUCGAUGCCCUACGGGCAGAAAUCCAUGAUCCUUGUACGGCGGCAUUGUUGUUACAUUGCGAGGAACAACCAGUUCUUGUAUCGGCCGUGGCAGCUCUGGCGAAAUUCGGUACCAAGGGGUACGACAAUCUGGAAACGUUGUUUGACCUGGAAAUAUUAGAAAGCGUGAUGCCACUGAUCGAGCACGAAGACGUGUUCACCAGAAGAUUUGCGACGAAGCUCCUUGCAGAAAUGGCCGCAGUUCCUGCCGUAAAGAAUUACCUGCUGGACUCGGAAAAUUACAUUCCGCACUUCCUGAGGAUCCUCAACGCCGACUCGGACACCUUUAUGCAGGAAUUUUCCUCGUUAAUUCUCACCGAGCUAUCCAAAGACGCGUACGGCUCUGCUCAGCUUCUGAAACAGUGUCCAGACUUCACGUUUCUGUGCGAUAGAAUUCAGUCCCACGAUCCUGAUAUAAAGAAGAACAUCAUCGAGAUGACGUACAACUUACUGCAAGAUCCUCUGGCGGCCCAGGAAAUCAUCUCGUCUAAGAAUUUUAACUUUUCCUUAAUUUACGAGCUCUACGAGCAACCUUACCCCAUAACUCAAAGUCUGGCCCUCGGGGUCGUGGAGGCUCUGGUUGCGAGAUGUAAGGACGAAAAUAUUCAGGAGCAGUUUCGUGCCACAGGAGGCUUGCAAGCAUUGCUCAACAUCCUGGAUAAAGACGAGUGGGCAGAUCUGCACGGCGAGGCGCUGAAGAUAUUAAACUUGGCUGCAAAUAAUCAGAAGACCCUGGAGACUCUAAACGGCAUAGGCGGGAUUUUGCAGCUCUUCAAGUACAUGGAGAACGCUCCCAAUUCGAAAAUACUCACUAGUGCCUUGGAUAUAAUCGUUAGCUUGGCGAACACCGCGAUUGGUCGAAAGGCGUUGCAUAAUUAUGGAAUAGUCGAGUACCUGCUGAGCAUCUUACGCGACUCGAUACACCCUGACGCUUAUGGGGUAUGCUGUCUUGGAAUUGGGAGGAUGGCUCGUUAUAUUCCUGCUGGCGAAGAGCUGACCCUCGAGAACCCUAUUAAAAAUAUCAUCAAUAUCCUGAUGAACGAAAACAUGACAUGGGACACGAGACAUGCGGCAGUCUUCGCCUUGAACGAGUUAUUCGCGUCUAAUUACAAUAACUGCCAAAAUAUGCUGGAUAUACAGGGCCAGGAUUGUCUCCUGUGGCUGGUUCGGCAUUCGGAAAAGGUUCCAAUCGACGUGCAAAUCACGGCUCUUCAAGCUCUAGCAACCUUAUCGAGCUAUCCAGAGUUGAAGAAUCGAUUGAUAAACGUUGAAACAAUCGAAGCCCUCUACUCGUCAUUUCAGGUAAACCUCUUUAAUUGCUUGAAACAGUCUAAAUAUCUUUCAAGUACCAGUGAUGUGACGUUCAGCUUCUUCUUCCGUAAGUCUUCAGAUUCGCACACUGCCGAACUGAAAAUGACAUGCUGCGAGGUAUUGGCUAAGCUAUGUAUAGAAAAACCAGCGAGAGCAAUUUUUAUCAACACAAAUGGUCCGACGAAAUUGCACGACUUGCUCAUCAACAAUAAUUCCAUGCCUGUCAGGGAUGCAGCUGCACGACUUAUUCAACAAUUAUGCGCCGAUCCUUCAUUAGCAUCCAUAUUUGUACAGACUGACACUCUGCAAUACUUGCUCAACAAUCGAUCGAAUUCAAAAGCCAUUCCCUCGUGGGACAUUUGCAUAGAUGCCUUGUUCAGGGCGAAUUUGCCGGUUAAAUUUGCCUUCACGAGACGUAUUUCGUUACACGAUGUCACUCGAGAUGGCUUCUACGUUAUGAAACGAAUCAGCUGUCCAUUCCCGGUAUUGGAUGAAUUAUUUAAACUAAAACUGUGCCCCAUGGAGCCAGUUUACGUGGUCAACUUUACUAAACCUCGAACCAGCACCAUGGACCUCGCAAAUGGAUCCAAGAAAAGAGAGUCCAUGAAUACCACCCUGGAGAUGAAAUUUGGCAAAUUGCAGCCGGACCCAUUCCUUUGCGAAUAUCUGGAGUUGUUCAAGUGCAAGCUUAAAGCCUGCGAAUCUAUUGACACAAUAGAUGACGAGGAGAGUAAAAUUGUUAACAUAAGGUUCAUCCGGUCGAGGGCGAAGAUGUUAGGUACUUUUGUGGCACAUCAAAUGGCAGGUCCUGAUCCUUCCAACCGAUGUCUCGAUCAUCAGCUAGAGCUGCAUCUUAACGAGAUCAAGGAGGACCUCGGGACGAGUAUCAUUCCUCUUGGUCAAUUGCGGGUCGGCUUGCACUUGGAAAGGGCCUUACUCUUCAAAGUGCUCGCCGACAGAAUUUGCUUGCCCGCUGCUUUGGUUCGCGGGGAAUAUGGUGGCAAAACGUGGAUAGAAGUGGCCAUACCAGAGGACGAGUCUUCAUUGGCAGAGGAUGGUCCUUCUAACAAGAACUCCGCCAAGACGAAAAAUCGUUUAAAGAAAUCUGACACAACAUUACCUCUAAAUGGAAGUCAACCUAAUUGUGACGUAACUACAAAUCGCGAGUCCACGCCUUUGAACUUCAGGCAAUUCGAAUUCCCCACAAAAUUACUCAGACCUAAUUACAUAGUCGACUUGAUGUACAAUCCUGGCAGUCUGAUUCCCAUGAAUAGUCCUUUAGCUGCGACAUACUGCGGAAGUUGA